AUGAUGGUGAUGAUUUGGUUAUUGCGUCCGAACAUAAGGAGAAGUGUAGUACUGCCGAAACUGACUUUCAGGAAAGUGUUGUUGUGGAAUGUGAAGACGACAAAUUUCAGUUGGCAAGUUUUGAGUCUGUGUUCAAUGAUAUUGAUGAUUCGAAGUUUGAUAACUUUUUCUCAUCUCUACUUGAAAUGGAAGACCUUAAGAAGAAGGACAAAAGCAACUUUGAGAUGGACCUGGACAAAUUUUUGAUACCGAAGAAUAACUCCCAUGUUGAUCCUACACGAAAAACAAAUAUUUUUAUUUCUGAACCGAGUCUGUCCUCCAUAGUUGUUUCUGAUACCAUUCCGAAAUAUAAAGUUGAUGUUGGUCAAAUUGUUUUGCCGAUAAAGAGGAAGGCCACUCAGAAAUGUAAAGCAGUUAUGUUGGUGUCCGAUGUGUAA